CUUACUGUUUCGCCGCAUUUCUCUCGAACACAUCUGUACCACAGUACGCGAAACGUAACAACUAUCUUAUCGGAUGUUGAUCUGUCGUCUCAGGGCGCAGCAACGCACGAGUAGUGGGUGAUGCAAAGCCUUCUGACGGGCGUAGCGCGCUUCAAGUUCUGAAUGCCGCCAACGAUACGCAUUCGAUGAGGUGUUGCUGCGAUUACCUAAUCUCUCUAUGCGUCCUCCAACUGCAUGUGUUGCAUGUCGCAACCGCCGAUGGAAAUGCGAGGUCGUAACUCCCAAAUCUCCAUGUACGUGGUGUCAAGACCGACAGCUGACGUGCUCGUUCACAUCGAGCACGGCGCGGAAGAAGGAUUGGUCCGAAGCCCAUUGGGAACCUCGCCCUUACGAUUCGUCUUCCGAGACGGGCAUACGCGAUGAGGUGGCAUCUUCUGCAGAUUACCAAGCAGCUCCCAGCACCAGCAACGGACUACCAUCGAAUGCGUUGCGUAUCGAGCUUGUGGAGCUGUACUUCCGCUAUAUUCACGAUACUUUCCAUUCGCUAUUCCAUCGACCUAGCUUGGUGCAGGACGUGAUCGAUGAGACAAUUCCCGAAGUUUUGCUCUUUGGCAUCAUCAGCCUCUCUUCUCGAUUCUCCAACGACCCUGUCUUCACCGGUGUCGAUCCACGCGUUCGCGGCGGACCAUAUGCGCGAAAAGCACAAGCUCUGCUGGAUCUGCGAGAGGUGUCUUUGACCACGAUCCAGGCUUGUGUGCUUCUGGGGGCCUUCGUCAUCACCGAAGGCGAAGCUGCCUCAGAAGCCGUCUUCUACAGCAUUGCUUGUCGAAGCGCACUCGUACUCGACCUACCGAAUCUCCCUGGACAGUCUCUGCUUGACCAGGAAGUCAAUCGUCGAGUCUGGUGGACGCUUCGUAUGAUCGACGUCUGGUCAUCUAACGGCGUCCGGAUACCACGCGCUCUCGGUGCCACUUGUUCCGACGUGCCGCAUCCGAUGAACGAGAUUAUAUUUCAUCGACUCCGCCGCGGCGAUGAUUCUGAGCCAUUGAGCCAGGAGAGCGGGUCGUCACUACUGACCCAGAUGGUCAAACUUAAUGCCAUCCUUAUUGAUAUCAGCUCAUCCAGACUAUCACGACAUGGGCCACCAAGGAACUGUCGAUCGGCUAACAAGGAGCUCAACGGAUGGGUGGGCUCUCUCCCACCAAAUCUUCGUGACACCCAAGACAAUUUGUCCCAUUAUGCUGCUCUCGGUCUGGGACCGAUGUUUGUCGCGGUACAUCUGGGCUACUACCACUAUGGGGCGCUAUUAUACUAUCAGUACCUCCACAGAGACUCCUACGACGAGCACGCCCCAACAUAUUCGUAUGCGGACAAGUGUAAAACUCAUUCUGUCGGCCUUAGCGAGAUCUUGUACCGCGCAUUUUCUACCCCUGGCUGUGAAGUCUAUUACACCAUGGUCGGCCACGUGUUGGUCAUCGCUUCCACGGUACCGCUCCACAUACUCCUAUUCAACUCGGAUGAAGAGCAGACACGAGCUGCGCGAGGCAGACUCGAAAAGAACUUCGAACUCUUGACGUGCCUGCAACGGCUGUGGCCCACGUUAGACGUCAGUUUUGCACGCUUUCGCGAAUUUCAUAGAGCGUGCCAGAACUAUAAAGAGACGUCCUUCCGCAUGGACAAAUGGCUGUUGAGAUUCUUACUUGAGUUUGCUAAUCCCGUCGGCGAGAAGGAUCCGGAUGAACCAUUGACAGAGACCCACCCUUGGUCAAUGCAAGAAUGGGAUCUCAGUCCGUUUUGACUGCAGGAAUCGUCGCUCAGGACCAUGUCCCGAUGGAUUGUCACGGAUCUUUUCCGCAUGUACCUUGGUAUUCCAGGGACGGUGCUUCGGAGCAAGAUUAUCAUUACCUUCGCUUCAUCAUCCCUUGCGAUAAGAGUCACUCAGUUCAGCACUCUUCGGCAACGACUGAGACCAAAUAAAUUCGAGCAUAAGGAUUUUGGUAGAAGAAGAAGAAGACGAAGAAGAAGAAGACGAAGAAGAAGAAGACG